GCAGUGUGCGGUGCUGGUGUAUAAAGGAGCUGGGAUCCUCUCUGGUUGAGUCCAGUCACCACAGAUAGCUGAAGAGAGAACUUCACCAAUCAGUCACCAUGGGGGUACAGGGCUUGUGGUCGCUGCUGGAGGAAUACAACCAGAUCUACCAGGACAUCCACUUCUGGGACAGCAAGCUAGUGGUGGACGGCACUAACCUGGCCCACCUCCUCUACAACAGGGCCAACCUGGACCAGAACCACGGCGGGGAGUACCUGGCCUUCCAGGCGGAGGUCAAGGCAUUUUUCAAGACUCUGGACGACUGUCAAAUUAAAGCAUAUGUUGUGAUUGACGGAGGCUCGGGCACCAGCGACAUCAAACUAAACCACAGGAUGGACCGUCAAAGAAAACGUGUCAAGAAGAUCCCUGACGCUCUGAAGGGUGGGAAAAAGGGCUUUUAUGCCCUCUUUACCACAACAGUGUUCGAAGAGACGCUGAACGACAUGAAGGUGCCGCUGGUCAGGUGCUUCAGAGAGGCCGACGGCCAGCUGGCUGCCCUGGCCAAAAAGUGGUCCUGCCCGGUGCUGUCCAGAGACAGCGACUUCUACAUCUACGACCUUCCAGAGGGGUUUCUACCCCUGGAUCACUUCCAGAUGGACUCAGUUAAAGCAAGUGGGGCCAGGAGUUGCAUCUCCUGCAAGCGAUACACCACGUCCAGGUUCUGUACCCUUUUCAACAUCGGCCACCAGCUGCUGCCCGUCUUCGCCACUUUGGCAGGGAACGACUAUGACAUCCUCAGAAAUGUUAAGUGGGACAGGUAUGUUCCAGAGGGAAGUCCUAAAAUGAAGUCCAAGUCCCCCCGCCUGGUGGGCCUCCUGAGUUGGCUGGGAGCCAGGACAGACCGGACAACAGAAGACACCUUGACAGCAGCGAUGGCACUCAUACCCAACAUUAGCCAACAGGCGCGGACGGAAAUGCGGACGGAGGUGCAGAACGCCAUGCUAGAGUACCGACUCCCCAGCUCCUCUCUGCGGAGGUUUUUCAGUGAGGGAACUGUUCCGCCGCUGCCUCCUGAGAUCUGGAGCUGGGUCCCUGAGUGGGUCCGUGUGUCCCUGGCCAGAGGAGACCUGGGGGCCAAAAUACUGGACUAUGACAUACUUGUGCACAGGAGGAAGUUUCUGCGAAUCCAGGUGGAGUGCAGCGUCCUGCAGAGCUCUAACCUCACCUCACGGCCCAUCCGGCAGGUGAUGUACGGGCUGCUGCUGGGCCAGGGGGAGGGUGAGGUGGAGGAGUGGGACCGGGACGGUCUGGAGCUCGUCAGUGUCAAGGUGCAACCGCUGGUCCAAGGAGCCGCUCAGACGCUGAGGCUGGACUCUCUGCCCCAGGCAGACCCCGCUGUGAGGCUGCAGGUGUGUCUGGAGACACUGGGCGUGGAGGAAGAGACGCUGGAGGGAGUUCCGGCUCACCUGCGCCUCCCAGUGGCUGUGACCCGCUACUGGCUGAGGAGGGCCAGCCCUGAGCCGACGGUCCUCAAAGCUCUGCUGAUGGUCAUGGUCCAAGGAGAACUGAACCGACGGACAGGAGGGGCAACAGGCUGGCAGGGGGUCACCAGCCACAACCCUCACCCUCUGGAUGGUGUCGUGGCUCAAAGCUUCAACCAAUGGCAGGCCUGCCUGAAGGACACCUCCCAGCUCAACCUGCUGCUCUGCAAGCCCCUCCCUGAACCCCACUACGCCUGGUUGUACCAGGGCAGGCUGGUGCACCGGCGGCAGAAGCAGCUUCUGAACAGGGAGCCAGAGGAGAUACUUCAUGACCCCCGGUUCAGGAGACUGUACAGGAGGCUCCUGGGAGCAGUGACCCAGCCAGACCCCGGGGCCAACAGGAGAGCUGGGGGGCCUGAGGCCCAGCUGAGGGCCAGCACGGAGCACCUUCACCUCAACACCCAGGAUGAGGAGGAGGAGGAGAAGGAGCUGGGCGGGGCUGAAGGCCUGGAUCAGGGAUCAGUCUCCACCACGGUUUCCUGAGCUGCAUGAGGAGGCUCCAAUCGCUCAGAGAAAGGAGUACAGAUGUACUCCUCCCCACCGACGCAGGGAGGAGAACCAAAGGGUCGGCUCAAACCGGCAGGAGCCAUCUGACUAAUCAAAGAUUACAAUGACAAAAAACAUGAUUCCACAGGUCCGUCCACCUGGUGGUUGCCGUGGUGAAGGGCGUGGUGUUGGCGGUUCUCCUUCUCCUCCUGGCUGGGGCUGGCUUCGCUAAAUGGUGCACAAACAAAACCAAUCAAAUGUAAAAAAGCUGUUGGUCGAUACGAGACAUUGAAGUUGAUUUGAAGAAAACAUAUUUGUACGCAUAAAGAUUAAAGUAGAAAUGUUCAUGUUAAUAAAUGUGGUAAGGUGAUUGUAUUUUAGAAUAAUUAUUUUGUCAUAUUGGAGUAAAUUCCAUUGCCGUCCCUGUGGGCUGUGGCUGACGGCUGGUCUCAGCAGCCUCACCUGGCCUGAGUCAGACUGAGAGACUCUGGGGCUGGUGGGGCUGCACACCUGUUGUGCGUUGGCUAGUCAAUGCUCACAGGUUAAACCAGCCGUCACCACACACACUCAGGAGAUCACCUAGAUGGCAGCACUGAUCACCAUCUUCAUGUGUCAGGGACUUCAACAUCCGCAAUAAACCGGUUUGAACUUCAUCA